AUGUCUUCACUCGGGCCCGGUGGCCUGAGAGAAGAACGCGCACUAUUUGAAGCAAUCCACCACAACGACAUUGCUACAGUUGCCCAACUUCUGAACGAUGGAGUCUCCCCUGAUGGGCCCAGCUUAGACUGUCAUCCACUGCACGAGGCCAUUCUGCGCGGCAGACACGAAAUCAUCGCACUGCUUAUCCAGCAUGGCGUCCACGACCGGAGUGAUGAGAUGGGGACGAAUGCGCUCCACUUGGCGGCACUGAAGGGGGAUGCACAGAUCCUCGAAAUGAUUAUCAAAUACUGCAAGCAGAGAAAUUAUAGCCUUUUUGACAGGGCCGCUGCGCAGAAAGCACCGAUUCAUUUUGCAGCAAUGAGCCGCAGCCUGGAGUGUGUGCAGGUGCUACUCCGCGAAGGGGCCAGUAUCCAUGACGUGACCACGCAUGCUGAGACGCUGUUGCAUUUUGCAGCUGGGGAAAGGAGUGUAUGGGCUGAGAAAGGGAGUCAAGAAGAUGAGACGGCGUUGUUGAAAUACUUGAUUGCCGCAGGGGCAAAUGUCAAUGCGCUUACUUCAAUCCGGGAGAGCCCACUAUGGUACGCAGUGCAAGAGGACAAUCUUCCUGCUGUGAGGGAGCUGCUUGCUGCCUCUGCGAAUGUCCAGCUCCGCAAUCUCUAUGGGGAAACUGUGCUGCAUGAAGCGGCACACCAUAGUUCGCUGACUGUGGUGCAGGUGUUGGUGCAAGGUGGCGUGGAUGUUCAUGCUCGGAGCAGUUCAAAUGGAUCUAUUCUGCACCGCGCGGCAGAGGCUGGUCGUGUGGAUACUGUGCAGUGGAUACUGGGUCAUAGCAACUUGACUGUGAACGAAACUGGUAGCCAUGGUUGGACCCCAUUGCACUCUGCUGUUUUCGCCUGUCAAAGUACUAUGACCAAGUACCUCCUCGAGCACGGAGCUGACCCGACAAUUGGAUCAGAUCCAGGAAACCACACGGCUCUACAUUAUGCUGCGUUCUCGAAUCGAGGGGAGGCGGAUUCCACACUCGUCCGCUAUUUGAUCCAGUACGGCGCUAGUGUCAACGCACCGGCUGAUUCGCGCUGCUUCAAAUCCUGGGGGCAGACAGGCGAGUCGCUACACGAGUGGCUCUUUGAUCCAGAACCUGACGAGCUGGAAAUCGUUUACCCGAUUCACUGUGCUGCUUGGUCAAGUGUGCCUAGUAGGUUGGGGGCUCUACUAGAAGCAGGCGCUGAUAUCCAGGCCAGAACAAGUGUAGAUGGCAGUACUCCCUUGCAUCUGUCAGCACGAAGUGGGCUAGAGAUGGUUCGGGUUCUCCUUUCCAAUGGCGCAGACCCUAAUGCAACGGACACUGCUGGCUGCAAGAUGGCGCAUCAUUUAGUGUUUGCGUUUCGGCAGACGCCUAAGAUUGCAUGGGAGUUUCUGGUGGAGAAUCAGCUAUGGGAUGCGUCAACAGUGGAGCAAGAUUUGGAAAGAGGCAAAGUAUAUGAACAGAUGGCCAAGUGCUUUAAGACGAGGAAUAUAUUUAGCCGUCAACCACCUAUGUCCAUUGCAUAG